AUGGGAACACAAAACGAGGUUCCCAAAAUCGACAGACACAGAGAAAUGAAAUUUCAUGGGAGCGUUUCCCGGCGGAAGGAGACUAACGGUAUUAUUCAGUGGGAGCCCUGGAGCCCCGGGGCGUGGGACACCAGCAAGGGCCGGGCCUCCAGCACACAUUCCCCGAAAGAGGGUGUGGCAGCCGUGGACGUCUGCGGCGACGAAAGGGUGCUUGAGUACGCCAACGAGAUACGGGCGGGCGUGCCAUUUGAUGUGUCACUAAGUCGAGGCAAAAGCAAGCUAUUUCGUCGGUCUCAGAGUCAGGCGACCCAAUUUGUCCAAGUGGUCAGCCGGAUUGGCCUGAUUGACGAUGAUUCGACGGCCCAGAUGUAUUCGGCCAUCUGCAAGAGAAAGAAGCUGCAUAUCGUCAGUCCACUCACCACUCCCGCCCGGGACCUGAUGGCUGCAGCCCGCUUGCAGGGCUCGCCUGCGGUGAACAUUGGCAACAUAUGUCCUGGUGCGACAUAUGACCUCCCCCAUGUCACUAGCAACACGCCUGCAGGGCUUCGAUGCCUCGAUUCAGAGCACCGGUCCCCCUUUUGGGCAUUCGUCUCUCGCCUGUUUGCAGUCAGAUACACUGGAAACAUCCAAUACUGGCACAGGGCCGCGCCUCCUGGGGGGAGCAGCCCAACCUUGCCUAGGUACCCUAGCUUCGACUUUAAGUCGCGUUUGGAGAGGCCUCGCAUCCAAUUCCGCCGGGUCGCAUUGUGCUUCCCCAAAAAGCAGCUUGACUACACCCAGAGUUGGAGGAUAGCUUCAGAGGUUGACUGGUCGAGGUUGGCCCGGCCUCGAUUGGAGAGAUUGUCGAGGGGAUCGCUUUCCAGGUUGACACAGACAUUGUCUUUUCUCGGCAAACCCCCAGGGCUUGUGACAAGGCCUCGAAAACAUCCGAGACUCCAUCAUACCAACAAGCAAACCCCCGGCCGGGAUCCCUACCGCGUAACUAGGCACAGUCACUUCAGGACCCAAGCUUCCGCGCGCGCCCUCUCCCACCCCCAAUUACUAGAUACCCUGGGCGGAGCUUGCGGAGGCAACCCUGGGCUCGUGGGAUUGCAGGCAGGCCGCCGCCGCAUCAGUCAAGCAUCGCCGGUUCCUGUCUCUGUGCUACUCGAGAUUCGAGACAGAACAUUCACUCGUUUGAUAUCGCUCUGGAGCUUCUCGCCCGAGAAGCGCGCCCUGUGA